AUGGAUCAGCUUCGUACACAUUUGCGCGCUAUGAUAUCAACCACUCUGCGUACUUAUCCAGCCUUACACUAUUUCCAAGGCCUUCAUGACAUCGUCGCCAUUCUUUUGCUGACGCUGUGUCCUGGGAGCAAAGAGGAGCCAGUGUCGAACGACGAUCUAGUCAAGCUGCAGAACGUCGUGAACUAUGUGUGUUUGCAUUUCGUACGCGAUAGCAUGACACGGGAUCUUAUGCCUGCCAUGAGUCACCUGAAGGUGGUGCGUAACAUUCUACGAGCCGCAGAUGCACCCUAUGCUUAUGCCCUGGAACGUGUGUUCUAUCCUAAUCAUGUGGUGGUCGUCUUGUCAUGGAUGCUCACUUUAUUCACGCAUGAUAUGCCUACGCUUUCGUCUGCCCAACGUAUUCUCGACUUUGUAUGGACGCAUGGACCAGCAAGCACAGCGUACGUGUGUGCGGCCCUGCUCCUAUCACGAAAAGACCAAGUGGCACAAAAGGCCUCAGAGCAACACCGGUCGGUUGAUGAGUUGGAAUUACCAGUGUUACACCAAAUUUUGUCGGGAGCACCCGAGGCAUUGGGGCGCGAUGAAAUGUUGAUGGAGCGAGUCCUCCAGCAUGCUGGUACGUUGAUGGACACGUAUUCCCUACGGUGCCCCGCAGUGCGUGCGCAUCUGAUUGUGGGACAGGACAGUGUGCUUUUCACAUGGCCCCAUGUGUCUACCACAGAGAAUGCUGUACGCAUUCUAUCCCUGCCAACACCGCAGCUCGCGCUAGAUCCAAUGCCUACGCCACGGGAAGAGAAGCUCGCCCAGAUGCCCAACACGUUGAAGAAGCCACGCACGGCCGAGAUUCUAUGGCAGGUCAUUCAACGGCGUCGUGCUCCCUAUUUAUGGCUAUACCCCCGUAUUCUCACCAUGUCGGCUAUGUCGCUCCUCUUCAGCGGAGGCCUUGCCACGUUUCUGUUAGCGAUCUUCCUCGCGGAUCGACCACGCAUGUACAAGAAACGAGGCCGUGGCACGGCCGAAGUGCUCCUGCUGGAUUCGGAAGGCAACCGUAUUUUGGCUAAAUACUUCCAGCCGCCAGCCGCGUUGCAUGAAGCUACGGUCGCCUCUGGUGCAUCGCUGCCAUCGACGCUGACGCCCAUGGCGGCCAAGAACCCGUACCAGACCAUGAAGCAGCAGCGUACGCUGGAGCAGGGUGUGUGGGACAAGGCUCGCCGUGCAUCGGGUGACCUAUUUCAGUUCGAUAACAACCUGGUUCUAUUCAAGUCGUCGUACGAUGUGUACCUCUUUGUGAUCGCGCCGGAGCGUGAGAAUGAACUUAUGAUCCACAGUUUCUUGCAGUCGUUGUAUGACACACUGACGGUGCUGCUGCAGAGCCAGAUUGAUAAACGCACGAUUCUGGACAACUUGGAUUUGGUUACGAUUGCUAUCGACGAGAGUGUCGACGAUGGUAUCAUUCUUGAGACGGAUAGUGCCGCGAUUUCCAACCGUGUGACGCGAACGCGCUCUGAUGCCAUUGAGGUGCAGCUUAACGAGCAGACGCUCCUGAAUGCGUACGCCAAUUUCCGUGAAAAGUUUGCGCAGCGCCUCGGUGGUUUGUAA